UAUCACAAGAGCGUAUAAUCCAAUUCCAAGCGACGCCGUGUCCUAAAGAGCCCAACAAAGAGAUGAUCAAUGACGGCGCCUCGUGGACCAUCAUUAGCACCGAUAAGGCUGAGUACACCUUCUAUGAAGGCAUGGGUCCCAUCCACUCACCCGUCACACCCGUGCCUGUUGUCCAUAGUCUCAAUCUGAACGGUGGCGGCGAUGUAGCGAUGCUUGAGCUGACCGGAGAGAACUUAAGCCCUGUCCUCAAAGUGUGGUUCGGAGACGUCGAGGCGGAGACUAUGUAUAGAUGUCAGGAGAGUAUGCUGUGUGUGGUUCCGGACAUCGGGGCGUUUCGAGAGGGCUGGCAAUGGGUCCGACAGCCGACUCAAGUACAAGUGUCGCUCGUGAGGAGUGAUGGCGUGAUAUACGCCACUGGAUUGACAUUUACGUACACACCAGAGCCCGGGCCUCGGCCUCACUGUCCAUCGGUGGACGACGUACUGCGUCCGGGUCUGACUCAGUCACAAGGCCUGCAUCCACAUCACACACCAUUAAGUCAUCACUUACUGCAAAGCGAUCACAACAACCAUUCAAUAUCUCACAGUCUGGGGAUCGGCUCACAAGGCAUGAGUCCAUACGUGCAAACACACCAUCAGUCGCCCCUUUGAGUACAUUAUAAUCCACUCAAAUCUCUGCUAAUAUAAAAUACAUUCAAAUUCUGUUUGUGUUAUAAUAUUUGAAAUACUGUGAUAUGAAUCGAUGUUAUAUACAAAACAAACUAAUGAAACGCUUUUCAACAAAACCUCAAAAACUCAUCGCUAAGUCUCUAUAAACGACCAGAAUUUGAGAUUUAGUUAAAUUAAAUAAAACUAAACAUCUUUAUAUAAAU